AUGACACCUCUCUACGGUGAUGACCGCGAAGCGAAUGGGAAUAUAGCAAGUCACUGGUCAGAUGCCGAAAAUCAUGAUUACUAUGGCAGAGGAAGCGGGAAUAGUUACGUUCAACAAGGUCUCCCUGACGCUCCGACGAAGUCGCGAAAACGAAGUCAAGCCAACACUACGAAGCUAAAGGAGAGCGCGACCAAACACAAGGUCAUCACAGCCUUGUCUCCAUAUCCACCUUCUUGA